AUGUUUGGAAUAAAGGAAAACCUAACCCCUGACACGGACCCAGAAGCACGAAACACGCUGAACCACCCAACCGCCAACCUAGACCAAAGCUUGAGACUAUCGAGACCCGACCUGGUCCCUCCCGGGCACAGGAGUCCCCUCCCUGCAGCCAAGGAACCGCUUCGGCCGGGCAGACCUGUCGGCUGUGAAACCAACGCUGGAGUCACGUCCUUUCUUCGAACAAAGCCGCAGAAUAGAUCAACUCACUAUGUCCCUCAAUUAGGGCACGAUGAUGCCUUCAAAAAGCAUGGGGUGCCUGAUCUCUUAUCGCCGCAGGGAUUCGAUCUGGCGUGGGUUCAAUAUCAGGGCUUCCUGAUCAACAAAUUGAAUCUUUUAACAGCAGGCACACCUGAUGAAUCUGCUACUCCCGGCACUCUUCUUGUCAGAUACGCCCGCGAUGCCAAUAUGGCAUCGGUUUUCAACUAUGCCUCCAUGGCCCACAACAACCACUUCUUCUUCAAUUGUCUUUCACCUCAGCACGUCUCCAUCCCCGAACAUCUCUCCAAAUCCAUAGAAGACUCUUGCUCCUCCGUCGAGUCCCUGAAGGCAGAAUUCCUCGCAACUGCCAACGCCAUGUUCGGCCCGGGAUUUGUCUGGCUCGUUAAAUCAAAGGAUACCGGCCAACUCAAAAUCCUCUCGACAUACAUCGCCGGCUCCCCUUACCCUGCUGCGCAUUUCCGCCGCCAACCCGUAGACAUGGCAACACAGACCACCGGCAUUACGGGCGGAGAGAACCUGGAGCAGAUCAGAAAACUCACACCGACGAACCGAGUAGGGUCCAUGGGUGCGUAUUCUAGCCAGAAGUUCAUGGCGCCUGGUGCUAUUGACAUUCAUCCGAUCCUCUGUGUGAAUACCUGGGAGCAUGUGUGGCUUCCGGACUGGGGUGUUGGAGGAAAAGCUCAGUUUUUGGAAUCAUGGUGGAAUAGGAUCAACUGGGACGAAGUGGCUCACAAUUCCUCUCAAGCUGGGCCGAUUUCGACACGCGCGGGCACUGCGAGAUCGUCGUACAGACGGGGUGUGAGGUUCUAA